CCCAGUAACAGAGAUACCCCAGAGAGAUGUCCCCGUCCUCUGUAUUCCCAGGAUUGUACAGAGGAGUAUCACAGGACCCCACAGGAGGAUCAGGUAGAACGUCUUUCUUGUAUAAAGGCAGAAGAUAUAAGGAGAGAAGAAGAGACAUAUGUGACUGAUAUAAAGGCAGAAGAUAUAGAGGAAGAAGAAGAGACAUAUGUGACUGAUAUAAAGGCAAAAGAUAUAGAGGGAGAAGAAGAGACAUAUGCGACUGAUAUGAAGACAGAAGAUAUAGAGGGAGAAGAAGAGACGUAUGUGACUGAUAUAAAGGAAGAAGAUAUAGAGGGAGAAGAAGAGAAGUAUGUGACUGAUAUAAAGGCAAAAGAUACAGAGGAAGAAGAAGAGACGUAUGUGACUGAUAUAAAGGCAGAAGAUACAGAGGGAGAAGAAGAGACGUAUGCGACUGAUAUGAUGACAGAAGAUACAGAGGGAGAAGAAGAAACGUAUGUGAGGGGUGAUCAGCAGUGUAAGGAGGAGGAGAUCCCUACAGAUAUCAGCACAGGAGAUGGACACACAAGCAGGAAUAUCUCAGAAGGACAUCUAAUGUUAUCCCCGGAUUGUGACAUAAAAGAUAAUGACAGUAGACAGGAUUCUCCAGGAGAUAACCCCAUUACCCCAAUUAUACAUCCAGCUCUAUCAGCUGAUCCCUCUGAUCCUGGGAAAUGUUCUCCUGAUCACUCUGAUAUUGGUGCAUCUGUUACAGCUCUGAGAGUAGAUUCAGUGUUUCCUUGUUCUAUAGAUGCACCAUGUUUUACACAGAACACAAACCGUAUUACUCAUCAGCCAGCUAAGGCAGGUGAGAGGCCAUUUCCAUGUUCUGAGUGUGGGAAAUGUUUUACAUAUAAAUCAUAUCUUGUUAGACAUGAGAGAAGUCACACAGGUGAGAAGCCGUAUUCCUGUUCUGAGUGUGGGAAAUGUUUCGCAUAUAAAUCAGAUCUUGUUACACAUCAGAGAAGUCACACAGGUGAGAAGCCGUAUUCCUGUUCUGAGUGUGGGAAAUGUUUUACAUAUAAAUCAUAUCUUGUUAGACAUGAGAGAAGUCACACAGGUGAGAAGCCGUAUUCCUGUUCUGAGUGUGGGAAAUGUUUCGCAUAUAAAUCAGCUUUUAUUACACAUCAGAGAAGUCACACAGGUGAGAAGCCGUAUUCCUGUUCUGAGUGUGGGAAAUGUUUUGCACAGACAUCAGCUCUUGUUACACAUCAGAGAAGUCACACAGGUGAGAAGCCGUAUUCCUGUUCUGAGUGUGGGAAAUGUUUCGCAUAUAAAUCAGAUCUUGUUACACAUCAGAGAAGUCACACAGGUGAGAAGCCGUAUUCCUGUUCUGAGUGUGGGGAAUGUUUUGCACAGACAUCAGCUCUUGUUACACAUCAGAGAAGUCACACAGGUGAGAAGCCAUAUUCCUGUUCUGAGUGUGGGAAAUGUUUUUCAUUGAAAUCACAUCUUGUUAGUCAUCAGAGAAGUCACACAGGGGAGAAGCCAUAUUCCUGUUCUGAGUGUAGGAAAUGUUUUGCACGGAAACCAGCUCUUGUUAUACAUCAGAGAAGUCACACAGGUGAGAAGCCGUAUUCCUGUUCUGAGUGUGGGAAAUGUUUUGCACACAAAUUACAUUUUGUUAUACAUCAGAGAAGUCACAGUGAGAUGCCGUAUUCCUGUUCUGAGUGUGGGAAAUGUUAUUCAUCGAAACCAGAUCUUGUUAUACAUCAGAGAAGUCACACAGGUGAGAAGCCAUAUUCCUGUUCUGAGUGUGGGAAAUGUUUUGCAUGGAAAUCAGCUCUUGUUACACAUCAGAGAAGUCACACAGGUGAGAAGCCGUAUUCCUGUUCUGAGUGUGGGAAAUGUUUUGCACACAAAUCACAUUUUGUUAUACAUCAGAGAAGUCACACAGGUGAGAAGCCAUUUUCCUGUUCUGAGUGUGGGAAAUGUUUUUCAUCGACAUCAGUUCUUGUUAAACAUCAGCGAUUUCACAGAUGAGAAGCCAUUUUCAUGCUGUGAGAGAAAUAAAUCUGCUCUUGUUGAACAUAUUAGACAUUACCCAAGUACGGAACCAUUUACAUCUUCUGGAGUAUAAUUAUCACUGCCGUCCAAUGUUCCUCAAGGGUGAAUCCGAUCUCUUAUGCUUUAUAAAAUAUACAUGCUACCACUGGGUGAUAUAAUCAGACAUCAUGGCCUGGUCUACCACUGGUAUGCAGAUGACCUGCUUUUUGCUCCAUGUACUGAGAACCUAAUAUCAAUCCUAAAUGGUUGUCUAGCUGAGCGCCAGGGGUGGAUGAUACCAGUUGGCUGUGACUCAGUCUUUGUGAAACAUAAUAGAAGCUCCCGAACAAAGGACAAGACUACAGCUUUACCAACCAUCUGGAUUUAUGCUUUGGUGUUCAGAAUUGCAAAAUACUAAACAUGUGCUGAAUCUUUGUGUUGUCCUGGUAUGUGGCUGACACAGACAUCAGGUAUCUGCCACAUACUAAUCCUCAUUCUUCCAUCUGUGGACCAUAGCCAGAAUCAAGCACUUGAUUCCCUCAGAAGUUCAUAGACUACUGCAAUGCCAUCUACCUGGGUCUACCAGCAAAAGAAUUACAGAGCUUGCAGCUAGUACAGAAUGCAGCAGCCAGGCUGUUACGUAACCAGCCCGUUCCUGCCACAUAACACCCAUUCUCUACUCCCUUCACCGGCUGCCUGUAAGAUGACAAAUCUAUUUCAUAAUUGGCUAACUGACCUUCCCAGCCCAACAUUACAUGGUCCAAGGAACUAGAAGCAGCUUCUGCCUCCUUACUGCCCUGCUUGCUUGCUUCUACAGAUGGACUGUUACCAGCAGUACCAAGAAUCUCCUGUCAUUCAUUUAUGGGUUGAACGUUUAGCUUUGACCAUGGAACUCACUGCCUUGCACAGUCCAAGAGGCCUCCACUCUAGAGACCUUCACAAGCAGACUGAUGACUGUUACUCACGCUUUUCAUUAAUGUACCUCUAUUUACUUCCUAAAUAAUACAUCCCAAAUGCUUAGGUCUUUUUUCUGCUGUUUAUUUUGUAUCUUGUGCUUUGUGUAAAUGUGAAUGUCUAAUACCAGUUUCCACAAUCUGUAUUGCUGCACGACAAUAUGGCGGCCAUUGGAACGUGUUUUCACUUCUUCUAGUUUGCCUAACUUGUUGCAGACACUCAUCUUGAUCAGGAGUGUCGAGUGUUUUCUUAUACAAGAUCCUGUCCAUAUAUACCCUGUACAUUAUCAUGUGCAUUAGAGUCACCCGGGUUCCAUCUGCGGUGGUUUGUUGUAUGUUACAUCUAUAUGGUGCGGAUACUCCCCUGUAUUUCAUAAUAAAAGCUUUUGUUUGCAUCUAA